AUGUCUCAAGAAGCUGAAAACUUUUAUUCUCUUCAUGAAUUUUUAAAAAAUGAACCAUUAGAAAAUAUUACAAUAAGCAGAGGUUUGCAUGAAAUGUGGAGAAUAUAUGGUUUGCAAACAGAAGAUGAUGAUUGCAAUCAACUGAAUCUCAUUCUAGAAGAAGUAUGGUCAGAAACUGUUGAAGAAAACCGUAAAUUUUGUCUUAAACAGUUACAAGAUACAGAUAAGGUAGCUUCGUUGCUUCCAAAACCUUAUUAUGUUACUGCAGGAUGUAAUAGCGUUGAGGAAGCAUUUACCUGCUCUUUUAAGAUACGAUAUCGUGGAAUACGGUAUUCAUGGAAUGAAUUGAAAUCAUUAGCUGAUGCUGAUUUAUUCCGAUUUUAUGAACAUGAAACUUGGAAGCCUCAAGCUAUACGUAAUAUUAGCAGUCUGAAAGAAACAAUCAGCAAAAGCAAUACGCCAGUGCACUUACGUUUAUUAGAAAAAAUUAAUAAUAAAGAAAUAAAUGAUCUAACCUAUGACGAUCCUUUAGCCAAUGGAGUAAUCGAUCUUGGAUGUAACUACUUCCAGAUAACUGAAGAAGAGUUUGAUGUACUUUUGGGAGAAAAAGCUAGAAUAAGAAAGUUAAAUAAAGAAUCGUCAAUAAAAAACCUAUGUGCUGAUUUCGUGCAUAAAAGAAAUGAAAUACAGUUAAAAUAUAGAUUCAUUUUAGCACCUUCUCAAGCUAUAUACCAUGAUAGAUGGGCAGAGCCAAUUUACAUAAGAGAGGAAAUAGCGCAUAAUAUUUUGGACAUGAUUUUGCAAGAAAUCAAGAUGGAUCUUCAUCAAAUUUCUAAAUGCUCAGAAAAUACACUUGUAACAAUAAUUGGUCGUUUAAUGGAUGUGGCUAUGUGUAACUUGCCUGUUGAAUUUGAAGUUAAAGUAAUUAGAGCUGAAAAACAAAGCAUUGCAAGUAAAAAUCGUAAAAUUUCCCAAGGUACUGGUUCAAGGGGAAACAGACCGGAUUUAAUGAUAAAAGCAUUUUUUCAAAGAAAAUGGAAUGAACUUGCAUACGUCGAAAGUGGAAAGUGGAAAUCUAACGAAGACAAAAUAUGGGAUGAUUAUAAAAGUUUGGUGCGAUUUUGUAUAGAUUGUUAUGACGAAAUAUCAAAAAAAUCUAAAAAAGAAGAAUUACGUAAAUUUUUUUUUGCAUUUGGCAUAAAUAUUGCAAGCGGUUUUCUUAUAAUUCAUGGACUAGCACGAGAAAAUGGAACAAGAUUUUAUCUUCCUAUUGUAAAAACCAAGAUUCCGUUUUACAAUGAACCAGUUGAAGAUGUAGAAAAUUUUAUUCACGCAUUAUUAGUUCUACGGAACGGCAUCAUCGUGAACUUGCAAAAUCUUAGAAAUUCUUUUAAAAAGAAAUUCAAAGGUAAUAAUGAUAAUGCAAAUAAAUCUCCCUUGCAUGCAACUACCAUUGGAUCUCCUUCUUUAAAAUAA